AUGGCGGCAGUCGUGUUCGACUUCGCAAAAGGGAGAAAUUCAUUUCUUUUCGCUUUUCGCUCAGUUAGAUGCUAUUGUAACUCUAACUGUUUCAUCACGUAUCGUAGUAUUGCGCCCCUAUCAAGGCAGUCGCAAAAUUCAAACCUUUCUCUCAGGAGACACUUUUGGUCUUCGAGACAAGACGAUUUAACCCGAGCUCUCUCGGAUGCCGAGAAAAUUGUUGGCUAUCCGACCUCAUUCCUUAAUUUAAGAUACCUGUUGAACGAUGAGAUCUCUAACAUUGCCAUGUAUAUGAAGAGGUUCGCCAUGAGCAAGCACCCCAUGCUUCGCACGGCUCGAGGCUUCGUUUCGGACGACAACCAGACAACGCAAACUCGAGGACUUUUAGUGCUUCUCAUGUCUAAGGCGUCUCGGUCAUGUUUGAAAGACGAAUGGAAGAUGGAUCAGGAACUGGUCGCUGAUAUUCAUUCAAGCCAAAGACAGCUGGCCGACAUAACCGAAACUAUACACACAGGUGAUUUGUGGCGGUUUCUCUUUGGUAUUGUUUUGAUUUUUAAUUAAACAUGACUGUGUAAUGUUUGCUCACAAGAGUGACUAGUGCAGCUCAAAGGCAUGGAGCUAGUAAGAUUACUGCUACCGCUCUUUAAUUGACGAAAGACCAAUUACAAGUUUCCCUCCGUAUUUUAUCAAGUUUCUCUCUGUGUAGUGAGUCACUGAUAGUGUCACUGUCUUACCCAACAACACAACAUAGAGCUCAAGUAAUAACUACAACCCAGACCUUUGAUCUUGAACCCCAUAUUUAUUGAUUUUUCCCUGAUGAAGGGCCAGAACCCCAAACAUCAGCUUUGAAACUCUUUAUGGUGGCCAAUUUACUUUAUAAACUCAGUUGAUACUACUAAAUUACCCUGUUAUACUCUCCCACAAACACAGCACCACAGUUUCUUUAGAAACUUACCCCCUUUAUCUCAUAUUUAUUGUUUAGUUCAGUACAGUUAGCUAGCUUGUUUAGGAUAGCUUGAUUGCAAGUCAUAAAAAUUCUAGUGGCAUCUAUGAAUUUUUUAAGUGUGUCCCUCCAUAGUUGUGUGGUUGGAGCCAUGUUACACAUGAAGAUAUUACCAACUAGGGAAAGUAUCUAUUGUUAUCUAUCCCAACAAUAUGUACCUGGGUACUCUAUCUUAGAGAUCUCUCAGGAGUGGUUUUGGGUUUAAAUAUUCAACAGGAAGUUACAAUUCAACUAAGUCCUUGUUCUCCCAUCUUUCAAAUACCUGCUGAUUCUGUGUUUACAUAGUAGUUAUUCACUUCUCUGUAGUUAUCAGGGGAAAGAAACUUUUUCUCAGCAGAGGAUGUCUAAAAACUAUGUUUUUGGGAAAAGAGAUUUUGAACGCCUUCAUGCAAAUGCCCAGGAGUAUUCUGGACCUCCCUCUCCAUGGUCCCCCCACCCCAUGCCAGGAAUUGCUCCUGGUAAGUGCAUUACCUACACUUGUUUUAAACUGCAAAAACUUGACUAAUAUGUCACUUAUAAUGUUCUUUUAUGACAGCCAACCUGGUGCAUACAGGAAUUGUUGAUUUAGCGAGUAUCUCUUCAUCCAGCAAAUCUUAUCAAGAUGACAUGGAAUUUGGUAACAAGAUGGCAGUGUUAAGUGGUGACUUUCUUUUAGCCAAUGCUUGUACAGGAUUAGCAGAACUUAAAGACACUGAAGUCGUUCAAAUGAUUUCAGAGGUAAUUGGACAUUUGAUGGAAGGCGAAUUCCUGAAAAUCACAUUUAAUGCUGAUAAUUUGAACUUGGAGUUUUGGAGUGAGUUAUCAUUCAAAUGUAAAGGAAGCUUGAUGGCAAACAGCUGUAAAGCAGCUUUGAAGAUUGUUGGUCACUCAGCUGAGGUGAGGAUUGAUUUAUGUCAUUGUGGUGAUAGUGUGGCACUUGACAUGUUUAUGUAUUUGAAAUUUUUGCAUCAAACCAGUCAUAGUGUCAUCAUCUGCUAUCAACUCACACUUACUAUUACAGCCAUUUCACCUCCAGAUCUCAUUAAUAAUUCUGCUUACUGUCUACCAACCAAUUUGUAUGAUGUUAGUUCAGAGAAUUUGGUACUGGAUCAACUAAUAAUCCCCUAAUUGACAUUUCAUUUCAUUCUCAUCACUUGUCUGCUUGAUAUUGCAUUGAUUAUUGUAAGGAGAAAUUCUGUCUUAGUCACUCAUGGGAGUUAAGGGUUAAGGGAUUUGAGAAAAUGUUACUGCUAUUCUAAGGAGGUAACAUCAAAUACAAGUGUUUUGUUGGCUUGUCUCAGGCCCUCUGAACCAUCAAAACCACAAACUAUGUGAACUUUGCAGAAAUAUUGGACUAUGGUGAAAAGUUCACAUUAUUAUUAGACAUUUGCAUUUACACAUAGUGCAGCCUAAUUCAAAAUGUAUGUUGAGUUAUGAAUACUUGUCAUUUGUGGUGCUAUGUAAAUAAAUGAUGUACAUGUACACAUAGUUAUGGGUCUUCUGUGUUUACUUGUUUCAUGGUUCAAAUGCUUUCCCACAAACAAGAAAUGUAGCUUUCCAUGUUGAGGGUAUUCAAAACAAGGGAAAUCAGCUUAAUUGUUUGAAAUUGCCAGACUAUGGAGGCAACGCCUACCACAUUAUUUGAAAUCAAGUAUUUCCAAUGUGAGUCUACAAAGUAAAGGCCUAGAGGUGACUUUUUGGUGCUUUUCUAUUCUUUUCAAAUAAUCUAGUAAGUAAUUUCUUUCUAUUUCAGCUUCAGGAAACUGCAUUUGAAUUUGGCAAAAACAUUGGUUUCGCUCAUCAGUUGAAGAAAGAUCUUCAAGCCUUACAUGAAGAAAAAUCUACCACUAUCCUCCACACUGCACCUGUAAUUAUUUCCAGUAAUCAAACUGAAGUGAAAACAUUGAUCAUGCAAAUAUUACUAGAAAAGAACACAGAGAAGCUGGAUCAUUUGCUUCAGGAACUGUCCUCUAUUGCAUCCCAGGGAGAAACAUUAACAAAGAUGAAAGACCUGAGUUUGGAUUAUGGAGAGAAAGCUCUUCAAUCACUUCAGCUGUUUCCAGACUCUGAUGCAAAGCAAGCAUUAAUUAACAUAGCAAAUUCAUGUACUUUACAAGGGUAAAGUAACAUGAAAUUGAAAGUAGCAUAUUUAUUUUUUUAUGGUAAGUGAGCUUAGUAAGGAAAAUAUGUUUACCCUUUCUUUCAGCAGAGGAAACCUGUCAAUCACUUUUGUCAAAGAAAACUGUAAGAACCAAUCAAAGUGCAUGCGUAAUUCAGCUUAUCUUAUGGAGAGAGAUCCACCCUAUUGUUUCAUUAGGAAUUAGGUACGACUUGCAUGUAUACUUGAGUGUAUAUCAUAGAGGUGACUUAUGGUGUAUUAAGAGUAUUCUUCUGCUGAUUUACACUAGCAAUUUUUUCUUGACAAGUUUUUUCUUGACAAGCUUUUUAUGCAUAUUACUGAUGAAAAAAGAUGACCAGAAUGUUUCCUUGAACAAGUCCUCCUUGCGAAAAAAAACUGUGAUCUUAGUUUUUAAAUAAAGAGGAAUGUCUAGGAAACUAUAGUUUGAAACUUUUUAGUUUCUAUGACUUGAAAAAGGGAAAUUCAACUGUUGCCCUGGUUCUAUGUAGUAAAUUGCUUAGGUUUAGGGCUAGAAUUACUUUUUCAUUUGAUAAGAAAUAGGUCUUAGAAAAGAUGAACUUUUGAGGGAAGCCUUUAUCUCAUGACUUGCUUGAUCUCAUUCUGUUUACCAUGCCCUGAGAGUGAAGUAGCCAUGUCACUAAAGAAGGUCAUUAGAUUCCGAA